AUGAAGAGAAAUGAAUAAUGUUUGAUUUAAAAAAUGUCAAGAUUAAAAAAAAAUGGUAUAAAUAUCAAUAAUGUGAUAUUUCUAUUAAUUAAGAAUUUUUUUGAUUAAAGAGAUUACUAUUUAGCAAUUGUUCCAAUUACUUAUUCAGUGGAACAAGUAAAGUCAUUUAUAAUUGAUGGAAUUGGUUAAAAUUAAAAAUAUUUUAUAAUAUUAAACUUAUUCAUUCUAUGAUUGAACUCAAAGAAUUAAAAGAUACUUAAAUUAAGAUAUCAGAACUAGGUCUAAAAUACUUUUCCUAACUCUUGUUUUAAGCCAAAAUGACUAUCACAUGGAAUCCAAUUAAGAAAGGGUAAAGUAUUAUUAUUUUAUCAAAUAAUAAUUUGACUACAAAUAAAAUAGGAUUAUUUUACUGUUCUUGGAACACUAGCAUUAAAAUCUUGAAGGCAUUAUUGGGGAAUUAAGAUUGAAAAGUAUGUAGAGGAGGAAGAAGUCUUUAUAGGAAUAGCAAGGUAAAAGUUUGAGCAUUAAUAAAUUAGAAAAGUGA